AGAGCGUGAGCCUUACAUCCAGACCUAUAAACUGGCAAUCUCAAGCUGGAUCUACUGCCAGCCCACUCUUAUCCUUAAGGAUUCUGAUUUCCUCUGAUUUGCCAAAGGGAUUUUUGUUUAACAUCUAGGGAACAAGUUGGAAUCUGUGUGUGAAAGAGUUGGUGAGAAGCCUGUGUGAAAGUUUACACAACCACAUGGAGACUGAUUUGGGCUGUACCACUGUCCUCAAGGACUUCUUUCUUAGUGGAAAUCCACCAUUGUGAAGCCCUGCUUAGGGAAGUGCACCAGCAUCACUGCUCGCCACAUCAGCACACUGCUCUCCUGUUCAGGGAGCACAAGUUCCCUGCUGGAGGAGAAGAAGGAAAAUAAACAAAAAAGAAAAAAGAUCUUCAUGAGUGCCAGAAAAUCCUGAGAGUUAAACAACACAUUGAGACGCAAGAAGCAAAAUGACUUCUUUCUCUCUCCUAGCCAGUGGCCUGUUCCUGCUCCAUCUUCUCCUGGUUGGAUUGGGUCAAGCAACAGAGGAUGACGUCACACCACGCCUCAGUUUCUCUUACAAUGCAAAUGAGAGGUCAGCCAAGAGAUUUUCACCCAAUGGAGUCUUCAAUUACACCUCUUUGCUCCUCAGUAAAGAGGAUAACAUGCUGUACGUUGGCGCUCGAGAGACUCUCUUCGCACUCAAUAUCACCGAUAUCAGCAGAACGCAGCUGCAGCGCAAUUUAACAUGGCACACACCACAGAGGAAGAGAGACGAGUGCAGUUUCAAAGGAAAAGACUUACAGACUGACUGCUUCAAUUACGUCAAGAUUUUACUGCGUUUGAAUAGCACUCAUCUCUAUGUGUGUGGAACAUAUGCCUUCAGCCCUAUCUGUGCAUACAUUAAUACAUCAGAUUUUUCCCUGGUGCAAAGUGAAACGGGAGAGAUAGUCACAGAAGAUGGUCGAAGCCGUUGCCCAUUCAACCCUGAAUACAAGUCUACCGCUAUAAUGGCAGAUGGUGAGCUGUAUGCCGGCACAGUCAGUAACUUUCAAGGAAAUGAACCCAUCAUUUACAAAAGCCUUGGCCAGGGCACAGCCUUAAAAACUGAAAACUCACUGAACUGGCUUCAUGACCCGGCUUUUGUGGGAUCAGCCUACAUUCAGGAGAGUUUGCCCAAAGGCAAUGCAGUGGGCGAUGAUGAUAAGAUUUACUUCUUCUUCAGUGAAGCGGGAAAGGAGUUUGAUUUCUUUGACAAUACCAUUGUGUCACGCAUCGCUCGCAUCUGUAAGGGUGAUAAAGGUGGAGAGAGGGUUCUUCAGAAGAAAUGGACAACCUUUCUGAAAGCCCAGCUCCUGUGUUCGCUUCCUGAUGACGGCUUUCCCUUCAACAUCAUCCAGGACAUGUUUGUUCUGACCCCCAGCAAAGAAGACUGGAAAAAUACUGUGUUUUAUGGAGUCUUCACCUCUCAGUGGUACAAAGGUGCUUCAGGGAGUUCAGCUGUAUGUGCGUUCACCAUGGACCAGGUUGAAGAGGCGUUUAAUGGCCGUUACCGGGAAGUUAAUCGUGAGACACAGCAGUGGUACACCUACAACCACCCAGUACCAGAACCAAGACCUGGAGCCUGCAUCACCAAUGCUGCCCGUGCCCAAAGGAUCUCCUCUUCCCUGCACAUGCCUGAUAAAGUGCUGAACUUCGUGAAGGACCACUUCCUCAUGGAUAGCGUGAUUCGCAGCCAGCCUCUGAUGCUCAAACGUAAUGUGCGCUACACACAGCUUGCUGUCCACCGGGUCCAGGCUCUCCAUAAGAUCUACGAUGUGCUCUUCAUCGGCACAGAUGACAGCAGAAUUCACAAAGCCAUCAACGUUAAGAACAAGAUGCACAUCAUUGAGGAGCUGGAGGUUUUCCCUGAGCCUCAGCCCAUACAACACAUUGAACUGGACAAUGAGAAGGGACUGUUGUUUGUGUCCAGCUAUUCUGGUUUGGUUGAAAUUCCUUUAGCCAACUGCUCCAACUACCAAAGCUGUGAAGAGUGUGUGCUGUCUAGAGAUCCUUACUGUGUCUGGACAGGGAAGCAGUGUUCAAAUUUCAGACAUGCUCCACCCAAGGGUCAAUGGCAACAAGAUGUAGAUGACGCCAACACUGCCAUGUGUAAAUUGGCAAUGCCUAGCCCACGUUCUGCAAGAAUAUCUUCACCACGUUUGCAAUCAUGUCAAGUGAUACAAAUUCCAGCCAACACAUUUACAGUUCUACCUUGUAAGCUGCGUUCCAACUUAGCCGAGAGACGAUGGGCAUACAGCAAUACCGUAGAGCGAUUUGUCUAUCCGAGUCCUGGAGGGGGGCUAGUGGUGGUUGCCCAAGUGGACAGGGAGGAAAUCUAUGAAUGUUGGUCUGAAGAAGAAGGAUACCGACAACUUCAGGCUAAUUACUGCAUUAAAGCUGAGCCCGAAAGCACCACCCUGAUUGGACGUUCCCGGACACAGUUAGUGCCACAGGGGGAGGCUAUUAUCCUACCUGGAGAAACAUGGUCACCGCAGAAAACCAAAACUUACUGGAAUGAACUGAUUGUGGUGUGUGCCUUACUUGUCUUCUCCCUGGUGGUCCUGUCUCUGUUUGUGGCUUACCGGAACCGAGACCGUAUGAAGUCCGUGUUAAAGGAAGGUGAGUGCCCCAACAAAAUGAGUGCCAUGCAACAAAAGAAACCACGGAUUCCUGGAAAGCAUACGGAGAGCCUUCCAUUAAAUGGCAACAAUAUCCCGCCCUCUGUGUCCGACCACAAGGGCUACCAGACGCUCAAUGAUAACUACAUCUGCAGUACACCCACCCAUGAAUGCUCCUCUCCAGAGAACAGUAAGAGCUUUUCCGAAUCUGAGAAGAGACCACUGAACUUAAAGGAGAGUCACGUGGAGAUCUCGCCGACGUGCCCGCGGCCUCGGGUGCGACUGGGCUCGGAGAUCAAAGACUCGAUUGUUUAAGUCUAGAAAUAUGGCGGUGAAGCCGUGGUUUGGAAUGACUGUUAAUACUAGUGGCCUCUGACUGAACAGCACCAAGGGAGGGACAGACUGAAAUAACUGGAAACAUACCAUCACUGGGUUUUAUUUUGCACUUUGUCCUCUCAUUUUGUCUUGGUGAUCUGUUCACAUUUCUCAGUCACUGCCAAGUCUGUGAAGCACUCAGAGCCGCAACGAGUGGGACGCAAGGCCUUUGUAGCUAUGCUAGAGUAAACUUAUGAUGGGCAUUGAGUGACAUUGAUCCAGUGGUCCGACAUGUACCUGCCCAGUCCGUCCUAAUUGCCCGGUGGCAUCUGUUUGAAAGCAAUAUGAUGCUCUUAGGGUUCAAUAAACUGUCAUGCUCCCAUCUCUCCCUGAAUCUGCCAUUUAGAGUUGGUUGUCCUGCAAAUGGAACCAGCAAUAGUUGAACAACAUGAAACAAAUUCAAACUUUAGUCUAUAACAGAGUCGACUAGGAUUCUCUGCUGAAUAUAGUGACAUCAGAUGAUUAGCUUACAUUUAAUCAUUAAGUGGUACAUCAAGAACUUUGAAAAGCCAGAUGAUAUAUGCAAAAACCUUUACGCAGUAUAUCAUUGUGACCUCAGCACAUAGCAGGCAUACUAUGCAAAUCACAUAGAGGAAACUGAACGGAGAAGCAUCAUGUAGAGAGCUAACUAACAGCACACAGCUGUCCUAGUACAAUAAGUGAUGCCACGUUCUCAGUAUUCUACACAUGUUCUCAGAGAUACACAUGUUAAAUAAAGUAUGCAAGUGAGAUUGAGGCACAUUCCCAUAAUAGAUGAGCCCACAGUGGGGUUUCAGUUUCUAGAACUCCGAAUAAGGCACAUUAGCAAUACUAUGAGUAUAUCCAAGGAAAAACUAAGUUCUGAACAUGAGACACCAAAAUUUGAAUGCAGUGUCUAUAGGACAGAUAUCUCGAUAUGCCUAUACCGCCAAAAUAUAUACAACAAAAAUCAGUAGUUAACAGACCAAUAAAAUAGAGUAGACCCUCUAUGUAAUAGAAGUCAAUUGAAGUGACCAAAAGUAUCUUGAGAUUGUUUACUGAUCCAAAUUGGUCGUCUGUUGUGCCAAAUGAUUUUUUUUUUUUUCAAACUGGUCUUUAGAUCUGUCAAGAGCUCUAUUUUCUUGACCCAAAAUUGUACUUCUCUCUGAGUAAAGACAUAAAUGUUGCCAUGAUGUUAACUCAAACAUUCUAAAUUCUAAUGAUGUAUUUGCAUUUGGACAGAAUGGAAAUGUUCCUGUCCUCGCUGCAUGCAAAUGCAUACAGUUUUGUGGUUAAGGCUUUACAUGCCCAUUUUAAGCUAAGUUAUGAGAUCUAUGCUCUGGAAAAAUGUAGAGAACCCAGCAGAUUAUUAUUUUUUAUUUUUUUCAUGAAAAAAUGCCAUGUUCACUGUAACACCUUAAGGCAAAGGCAGGCUAACAUAUGUGUUUGGGUGGGAGCAAUGACAAAUAGGUACAUGAAACAGUCCAUUAUAAUUAGUCAGCUGCCAAAAGAGUUGUAGUGUGUUAAUUUCAAAUUGGACUUGGUGCUACAGUACUUGGUUGCUAUGAAGCAAUGAGGAUGGAAACAAUGAAACAGGACACACAAAUAUGUAUGUUAAUAUUGCAUAGCAUCAACAUUAGGAUCCGUGUAAAAAUGUAUGGUUAAGUUCCAGUAUCAUCUAUUAAGAGUUUUACCACAUGGAAAAAUCCCAAAGACAAGCACUGUAUAUUGCACCACCCAAGUGUGUAAUUUAAUAGCUAUUGAUCUUCAAAGAUUGUGCAGACAUUUGUGUUGUGAAUGUAGUUACAUAUUGAUUGAAAGUGUUCAAAAAAUAUUCUUUCAACUGAAACGUGUCUUAUUUAAAUUUAUCAUAAAUGUUAGAAAGAGGGACAUUUACAUGAUCUGACAAAGUAGCUGUGCAUUGGCGAUGCUGCUGAUGGACUAUGACUUUGAUCACAAAGUUGUAUAAUUAUAUUGUGUCUUUAAGGGGAGGUAUUCAAAAGGUUUUAAAGGGAUAGUUCACCCAAAAAUGAAAGUUCUCUCAUCAUUUACUCACCGUCAUGCCAUCCCAGAUGUGUAUGACUUUCUUUCUUCUACUGAACUCAAACAAAGAGUUUUAGAAAAAUAUCUCAGCUCUGUAGGUCCAUACAAUACAAGUAAAUGGUGGCCAGCAUUUUGAACAUCCAAAAACACAAAGUCAGCAUAAAAGUAAUCCAUAAGGCUCCAGGGGUUAAAUCCAUAUCUUCAGAAGAGAUAUGAUGGGUGUGGGUUAGAAACAGAUCCUUUUUUUACUAUAAAUCUCCACUUUCACUUCCACAUUCUUCUUUUGUUUUUGGCGAUUUGCAUUCAUUGUGCAUAUCGCCACCUACUGGGCAGGAAUGAGAAUUUAUAGUCAUCAUAUGACUAUAAUGGAGUCAUAUGGAUUGCUUGUAUGAUGCCUUUGUAUGCUUUUUGGAACUUCAAAAUUCUGGCCACAAUUCACUUGCAUUGUAUGGACCUACAGAGCUGAGAUAUUCUUCUAAAAAUCUCUGUUUGUAUUCAGCAGAAGAAAGAAACUCAUACACAUCUGGGAUGGCAUGAUGAUGAGUAAAUGAAGAGAGAAUUUUCAUUUUUGGGUGAACUACCACUUUAAUGUUAUAUUGGGAUUGGAUGAAACAGGCAGCAUAUUGCUGCUUUUUUUUUGUUUUGUUUUUUUUGCACAGAAUGUGGGAAAGGUUUAAAUGAAAUGUUCUGGGAAUGAAUGUUCUAUCAACAAUUCUGUAGCUAGAUGGUUUUUAUAAAUGCUUCCAAGCAAUAUUUUGUGAGUCAAAGGUUGUGUGGAAAAACAAAUGUAAUCGUGUAGCCUUUUUCGUGAAUCAAACACAUGUGAACAGAAAGCAAACCUCACAUGUAUGUCUGCUCUGGUGGACUACACAGUAGAAUUACCUAUUUCCUUGUAAAGUCGCAAACCACUGUAUAUUGAAUGGUCAUCUGUGCAACAGUCCACUGCAAGGGUAUGUCUCCACUGUGCUAAUAUCUACAGAGGUCCGCUAAUAUCACAUUUAUCACACACACAGAACACUUACACUUACUGAAUAUGUUUAAAGCACAAAAAAAGAAAUACAUUAUGUAUUUGUAAAAAUUAUAUAACUGUUUUACAUAUUCUCUGACCUCUGCUUGAAAAUCACUUUCAAAAUGUCAUGCAAAAUCAUUUAAAUUGUAAGUAAAUUUACUAAUCCUUUUCAGUAACUCAUCUGAUUUUUAUCACUAGCGUGCUGUUUUACAGAGUAGACAAUGUGAAAAAUUCACUGUACAUCAGCUGCUACCUGCAAACGGUAGAUUUAGUCACAUAUAGAUCAUAUAUUCGCAUUUCUCUCUUUGACUCAGUGCUGAAUUGACUCAGACAUAAGUUGUUGGACUUAGUCUGCUAUACUCUUAAAUGCUCAGAUACAUUCUUUAUAAUGGCGCACCAAGAUGCUCUGGCCUAAUGUCUUGUAAACUUUAAUGUAAAGGUGUAUUUGUACAUUUUGCUGCCAAUGUAAAGAAAAAAAAAAACCUGUUGUGAAAUGUAUUUUUUGUAUUAUACAUCACUACUGUUUUUGUUGUUUUUAUUAUAUUGUACAUAAAAGCACUUUAAUUUAAUUUUUUUAAAUAAAAUAAA